GCUAAAUCAUUCACCAUGAAGAAGCUCUUGACAUCAUCAUCACCAUCUUCUUAUUCAUCAACCCCAUCAUCUUCUUCCACUCUCAGUUUCAACCCCACUUUGUGCAACUCCAAAAGUGGGUGUCUCACAUCCAUCUUGCACAGGAUUCUCUGUUCUGGUGCCCUUCAAACACACCCAUCAGACCAAAUUAUAGAACUUGGUUCUUCAAUGUCAGUGGUGAGUGGAAAAGUUCAAGAAUUUAAGGCAAUGCAGAACACUGAAGCUGCUAACUCUACUAAAAUUUCUCCUGGGGUAGUGGGAAGAUUGAUGGGUUUGGACUCAAUGGGAGAGGUUCAGAAACCCUCUGAAGCAAACCCGAGUUCUCUUUCGCGCAGCCGAUCCAUGAACUCUGUGGACUACUUGGGGGAAUGCAAGAGAAUGGAGGGUCUGCAUAGGCGUGUUAAAUCUUCAUCUUCAUCCUCAUCCUUCAGUGAAGUUCCAAGUUUCCACUUGCUAGAAAAUGAGAACUUUUUGGUUCUCAGUUUCGAAAGUGGAUGUGAGAGUAAGGAAUUCAAGUCCAAAGGAAGAAGAAAAGGAUUGAAGAAAAACAAGAGAGAAAAGGUGUCUGGUAUGUCUUGUGUCAAUGUGGGAAAUGGUGGUGAAGUUCAAUUUGCAACCAACAUGAAGCAUAAGGAAGGUGCCAAUGGUGAGAAAGUGAAGAAGAGGAAGAAGGGAACAGCAGCAUUUUACAACACAGAAAAGAAGGUAGAAAGUGAAUGCAGUUCAGAAGAUGCAAGCCCAGUUUCUGUCUUUGAUUUUGAGCGUGAUGCUCCAAGAACAGAUGUAGAUAUUUUUGGUGAUGAUAUGAAUUGGAGAAGAAAAUUGUCACCAGAGCUUGAAAAUGACCAGCAUUUUAUUCUGCAUUCUGAUGGUAUUUUCAUGAAUGAAGAGAGGAAGAUUAACGAAAUUGAGAACAGCAAACAUGAAGGACCAAAGAACAAAGAGAAGCAGAGCCAAGAGUUUGUACAUAUUUGGGGUGAAAUUUGCAGGCUAGUUGAAGAUGAAUUGGUUAGAUCGAAUCAGUUGCAAGAAGUGAUGAGAAAACAAGGUGAUUUUGGAAGUAUAAGUGCAGAUCUUGAGUCAGAAAUUUUUGAUCACUUGCUAAAUGAGCUUGUAGAUCAACUUGUUGGCAAUCCCUUGAAAGCAUUGCAGCUUUAAAAUUUGUAAAACAAGCAAAUUAAUGAAGUGUAAAAAAUUUAAUGCAUCUAAAGUUUAUUUUAUCAUUUUCUGGGACGAAAUUUAAGAUAGUAGAUUUUGAAUGUCAUAAAUAAUUAUUUAAAAGGAAAAGUUGAUUUAAACAUGUUAUUAGAUUAUCACUCUUAUUAUACUAGGGCGAUAACCCGUGCGCUCCACGGAGUUUUAUCUUGUACUUUAUCUGUUCCUUUUUAUAAGA